AUGUUUUGGAACGAUGCGGAUGUCGUGCCAACAGCGCUGGAGCCACGUCACGAGAUGUUUGAUUUCGUUCCCCGGGCAGUUCACAAAAAUGAAACUUCGUUUCGCUUUCUGCUCCUACAUCAUGUUUUGCGACCCGACCGUUGGGGCCACCCAGAACGUUUGGGCCCGAGUUCUGCUCCGAGUAGUCGGACCCCGUUGAUGUCCGUGUUGCUCCGUCAACACGGGCGUAAUAAGGAGAACAUGUCACAGGGGGCCUUGUCUCUCCCCCUCAUGGUUCCCCCGAGGUCUGGGUAAGCAGACGAUGAUCUCUGGCAAGAGAAAAAAAGAUAGUCAAUUACCUGCCCCAAAUUAAAAACCGGGUUUCCAGGUUCAGC